ACUACAGUAUUAUAAUUUCACUUUGUUCGCAAUGGCAUUAAAUGAACUACAUGAUUCCAUGAAAAGUUUUCUUCCACCAACUGACAGUCGUUUACGUCCAGAUAUACAGUUAUUAGAGAAUGGUAAUGUGGAUGAAGCAGCAUACGAAAAACAUCGUCUGGAAGAAAAACAGAGAGAAGCUAGAAAAUUGCGGAAAAAAAAUAAUGAAAUAUGGAAGCCUCGAUGGUUUAAAAAAGGACCUAAUCCGCACAUUCCUAAUAAAGAUUGCUGGUUAUUUGAUAAACAUUAUUGGGACCGAAAUUAUUCCUCUUGUCCAGAUAUAUUCUGAUGCAAUUAUUUUUAAUUAAAUUAAAAAAUAUAUAUA